AUGGUCGAGUCGCUACUCCAGUGGGGAGCCGAUGUGAAUCUGCCGGACAGCUACGGUAGUACGGCCUUGCACCUGGCCACGAGGGACGGUCACCUCGCGGUCGCGCGGCUACUCCUGGAACGGGGUGCGCGCGUCCACGAGCGCGACCACGGUCAGUUGACGGCUCUCUUCCUGGCAGUGGACGCCGGUAACGAGCCGCUCUUUCAGCUGCUGCUGCAACACGGCGCCGACCCGGCCGUACGUGGCCCCGCCGGCGCGAGCCUCCUUCACCUGGCGGUCAAGCGCGGCGAGCUCGACUUGCUGGCGGCCCUCCUGCGUCAGGGUGUCGACGUGAACGCAGCCACGCGCUUCGGUAAAACGGCCCUCCACUACGCCGUCGCCGAGAAGAACUGGUGCGCGCUCGAACUUUUACUCCAGCGGGGCGCGGACCCCAACCGAGCCGAGGCCCUCGGCAAAACGCCCCUGCACUCGGCCGUCGAGGCAAGGCGCACCGAGGCCUUCGAGCUCCUUCUGCGCCACGGCGCCGACGCCAACGCCCGGGACGCCGCGCACCAGACGCCCCUUCACGCGGCCGUAAAGCAGGGCUGCCUCCAAAGUGUGCGCACGCUCCUGCGCCACGGGGCCGAGGUCGACGCAACGGACGCAGCGCGCCAGACGCCGCUGCACCUGGCGGCACGGCUCGGACAUCUCGAGUUGUUCGAGCCCCUUGCCGGUCACAGAGCGAACGUCGACGCCGCGGACGCCGAGGGCUGCACCGCUCUGCACCUCGCCGUCACAGCCGAGCACGCGAAGCUUCUCUACCUGCGACCGGAUCACACGUUCUUUGCACGACUAUUGCGCCACGGAGCCGACGUCCGGGGCCGCACGCGACCCGCCGGCGAGACUCCCCUGCAUCUGGCUGUGCGCCGUCGCUGCGGCGCCUUCGUUCGGGGCCUGCUGCGCCGUGGCGCCGAGGUAGACGCGGAGGAGGCUUCGCGAAGGCGUACCCCGCUACACCUGGCAGCGGAGAACGGUGACGCCGAGUGCGUCGAGCAGCUCCUCGUCUUUGGCGCAGACGCGGCCAAAUUGGACGCCGGGGGCUACACCGCGAUCCAGCUCGUCGCGAGCCCCGAACUCAAGCGCGUCUUCGGCAAAUACGCGAUCAGAUUAGAGGAGGAGGAGAAGGAGGAGGAGGAGGAGGUGGCGGAGGAGGCAGGGGUGGAGGAGGCAGGGGUGGAGGAAUCGCAUGACGCCGGCCUCGGGUACGAGCGGACAUGCGUUCUGGAGGUCGAGGCGAUGGCGCGUACAAGACUCUGCGAGGAGGCCACGUAUUUUGGCUUCCUGAGGGCGAGCAAGCGGAGUCUCGUUAUGCUGGUACGAAAGCCCGAAGUGCAAGCGGCUUUCGAGGCACGGAGGCAACGUAACCUUUUCCCACUCUACGCCGAUAUGCUCGAGCGAAACCUCGAUGUGGGUAUGUUGUACGAGCCUCUCCUGGAGAAGGCGAGUCUACGACUGACGGAACUCCUUGGCGCCUUCAUUCCGAGCGUGCCCCUCGAGCGCGUGCUCGGCUACCUCGACGCGCGAGACAUGAGGUGCCUGCUGGAGGCGGUGCCCGAGGCUGGACGACAGCGAUGA